AUGUGGUGGACGUUUCUGUUCCUCCUCCCUCUGUUGUGGCAGGAGACCCUAGGGAAGAAGGUUGAUGGUACCCUUGUUACUAGUCAGGACUGGCAUUUCAUCACCCGGUUUUGUUUCCUGUCGUCGAAAGGCAUUCUACGAUAUACAUUCGAAUAUCCUAAGUCGUACUCCAUACAGAAUGUGCUGCUGUACUUUGACGAGUCAAGUCAAUGGGACAGUGUUUACAAGACCAGCUUGACCUGUGACCAGAAGGUAGCAGUACUGGAUCCGGCAAACAACCAAAUCAUUUCCUUGUCAAUUCUAUAUUCCUGGUCGGGAUGUGUGGAAACCACAAAGAAUGGCGUGGACUACAUCAAGUGUACUGGAGGACGUACCUUCCGCUCCACGAGAGAGCGAUGGUGGUUUAUAGCCGUCAGUCGGUGUGACCAAUCAACAGGGCCGUCAGGUAUGAAUCUGACCUACUCGCUCCACAUGAUGAACAGUAAGGACGAGAAGGACAUGCUACACCGAGAGUUCUCCGCGGACGAGUUCUAUAUCCUCCCCACAGAUAUCGCCUUCAUGGGUGUAUACGUGCUACUGUUGGUCGGAGCUAUCGUCUGUGCUGUCAUGCUGCGGUCCCGUCAACUGUUCCACUCCACAUACAAGUUAUACAUCUCGUCGGUGGUGUUCUGGCUCGUCAACCUCUUCUUCCUCAGCUUGGCUAACGGCAUGUAUUCGGCAGACGGCUAUGAAAACGACCAACUCGAGCUAGCAGGUCGCGUGUUUGGUGCCAUCAGUGAUCUGGUGUUCCUUCUGCUGUUGAUUCUGAUUGGGAAAGGUUACACCAUCACCAGGGGGCGCCUCCCGGCCUCUAGCACCAUCAAGGUGACGGUGUUCUUCACGCUGUACACCAUCGUCUACGCCGUCCUGUUUGUGUACGAAGCCGAGGUGUUUGACCCCGGUGAGGUGUUGUACCUGUACGAAAGCCCACCUGGUUACGGACUAAUAUCAUUACGUCUGAUUGGAUGGGCGUGGUUCUGCUACUCAAUAUUCUUCACGCUGAAACACUUCAAAACAAAAUCACUCUUCUACUAUCCAUUCUUCAUCUUCUACACUGUAUGGUUCUGGGCAGGACCAAUCGUCAUCCUGGUGGCCAUGUUCGCCAUGGACCAGUGGAUGAGAGAGAAAACAGUCCAUGGUGUCGCCAUGUUUAUCACCCUUGUGGGUCACGGAUUCUUUCAGGUUUUGACCAGGCCAUCGGCUGCCAACAAAAACUUCCCGUACCACGUUCGAACCUCACAGAUUGCCACUAUGACGGGCGCCAACAGUCACGAGCUGGACAACUUCAAUGCACACAGUUACGCAGUUCGACAACCCCACUCGUCCGCCUCGGGACCCGAUCUGACUAGCCUCUUCACCACCUCUACAACAAAGUCAGAGAAGGGCGACGACGACGAUGGCUUGAUGACGUCAUCCAUGGCGUCAGAACAGAAGCGUGGUAGUCUGCCUCCCAGCUACAGUAGUGCUAACCUUGAGGUGUUACCUGGCAUUCGCAGCAAUACGUCAUCUGCCUCCCUAGGUGGCGCCAGUGGUGGGAUUUCUUCACCGCCAAGUUACCACACCUUAUUUACCGCCAACACCGGCAACGGCUGGGAAUAAUAUAACAACACGACACGGACAUAUGUCGAACUGAAAUAUUUAUCAACUGACAACUAACGUACAGAUGUUGGUCAACGUACGGACAUCAUAGGACUUUUCUUAAAUCUUUACAAAUAGAAUGCAGUGUUAGAAACAGUGUUUGUUAAUCUGACUCUUAUAUUACCGCAACCAUUAGAACUGGUUCACAAAUAAUUUCAAUUAUUCGAGCAUUCUUCGGUAAUGAAGCUUGACCACCUGUACCGAUGUCGGACACAGCAGUUUUCACAUCUAUUGUGACAAAAUAACGGUAUUAAGGAGCUGUUACCAAAGUUUCCAUAUUAGCACAGACAUACAGAUAUACAGACAUACAUGUACCUCCCCAGUAUCAUAGGACGCAUAAGUGAGACUACAUUGUUACCGAUAGUAUGUAGAGUUAUAAAACUUAUAUUUCACAUAAUUUAUCUUAAAUGGAAUUAUUUUUUUAAUAUUUACAUUUCCACUGCA